AUGUGACGUCGAGUCGGAAGCUGUCAGAACUGCACGUGUUGGAAAAAGCUGCAGAAAACAUGAACAGCAGGCGCGAGGCCAGAGAAGUAACGUUAUUUUUAUUUGUAACAAAUUAAUUUUCUACCCGCUUUGUGAACAUUAACGGACACAUACAGCAGGACAGCUGUUACGGACGCGCGAGGCAGCGAAGCGGAAGGUUAACCGGGAGGGAGGUCAUCUUGUCACGGCGCGCGCAGGGCUUUUGGACGUCAUGGCGGACUACCUCAUCAGCGGACAGACCGGUUACGUUCCCGACGACGGGUUGACAGGACAGCAGCUGUUCAACUGCGGAGACGGACUCACAUACAAUGACUUCCUGAUUCUGCCGGGCUACAUCGACUUUACAGCUGAUGAAGUGGACUUGACUUCUGCGCUCACCAAAAAAAUCACCAUGAAAACCCCGUUGGUGUCCUCCCCCAUGGACACGGUGACUGAGGCAAACAUGGCGAUUGCGAUGGCGUUAACAGGAGGAAUCGGCUUCAUCCAUCAUAACUGCACUCCAGAGUUCCAGGCUAAUGAAGUUCGCAAAGUCAAGCGAUAUGAACAGGGCUUCAUUACAGACCCCGUGGUGAUGAGUCCCAGCGAGCGAGUGCAGGACGUCUUCCUUGCCAAGGCACGCCACGGUUUCUGUGGCAUCCCCAUCACAGACAAUGGCAAAAUGGGCGGCAAGCUGGUGGGAAUCAUCUCCUCCAGAGACAUUGACUUCCUGAAGGAGGAUGACCGUAACCUCCCACUGAGCGAGGUGAUGACGAAGCGAGAGGAUUUGGUGGUCGCUCCUGCUGGAGUGACUCUGAAAGAAGCAAACGAAAUCCUGCAGAGGAGCAAGAAAGGUAAGCUGCCCAUUGUGAACGAGGAGGGCUCGCUGGUGGCCAUCAUCGCCCGCACAGACUUGAAGAAGAACAGAGAUUUCCCGCUGGCUUCCAAAGACUCUAGAAAACAGCUGCUGUGUGGCGCCGCCAUCGGAACGCACAACGAUGACAAGUACAGACUGGACCUGCUGGUGCAGAGUGGGGUGGAUGCAGUCGUACUGGACUCCUCUCAGGGGAACUCCAUCUUCCAGAUCAACAUGAUUAAAUAUAUUAAAGAGAAAUACCCCCACCUGCAGGUCAUUGGAGGAAAUGUGGUUACUGCAGCUCAGGCUAAGAACCUCAUCGAUGCGGGAGUGGAUGCUCUGAGGGUGGGGAUGGGCAGCGGCUCCAUCUGCAUCACUCAGGAAGCCCCUCCCAUUGUACCACCAGCUAUAAAAGCCCACAGCCCCAAAACCCCAACUGCUGUUACAGGAUACUGCAUGCUGGCAUGUGGCAGGCCCCAGGCCACGGCUGUUUAUAAAGUGUCGGAGUAUGCGAGGCGUUUUGGAGUACCGGUCAUCGCUGAUGGUGGCAUCCAGACUGUCGGCCAAAUAGCCAAAGCCCUGGCACUGGGAGCAUCCACAGUGAUGAUGGGUUCUCUUCUGGCUGCAACCACCGAAGCUCCAGGUGAAUAUUUUUUUUCCGAUGGCAUCAGGCUGAAGAAAUACCGCGGCAUGGGCUCCGUGGAUGCCAUGGACAAAAACCUCGGCUCUCAGACCAGAUACUUCAGUGAGAGUGACAAGAUUAAAGUUGCUCAGGGCGUCUCUGGGGCCGUGCAGGACAAAGGCUCCAUCCACAAGUUUGUGCCCUACCUGCUGGUUGGUAUUCAACACUCCUGUCAGGAUAUCGGUGCCAAAAGCCUCACACAACUCAGAGCUCUGAUGUACUCUGGAGAUCUGAAAUUUGAAAAGAGAACAGCCUCGGCUCAGGUGGAGGGGGGAGUCCACAGUCUGCACAGUUAUGAAAAACGGCUUUUCUGAGAAGAGCCCAGAUGGAAAAUCCUUCCGACAAACACUAUUUCCCUGAAUCCCAGUCUCCACGCCGCUAACUUCAGGAUAAAGUGGUUCACUUCACUCUUCCAAAGAUCCAUCAGUCUUCCUGCCGUUGUCACCUAUGCAUUGUUUAACUGUGUGUGUCAGAGAGAAAGAAGAGGAAUGAGCAUUGGUCAAUUAGUGCAUGCAUGACUGGUAUGUUUUUAAAUGUAGCAUGUAAACUGCUGUGUCUGUGUCAAAGAAAAAACAUUGUUCACCAAUAAAGUCUGUAUGUUUUUCCAGAA